CGAUUCCAACGGACUCACUACGAAAGACACUCGCCGAACUUACAGCGAGACUUUACAGCCUUUUUAAUGGACUAGCUUAUUUAUUUAUUUAUUUAUUUAUUUAUUCAUCCAUAGUUUACGAAAUAGUCGUUACCUCGUGGAUUCGGAGGAGAUCCUCGUAAUCCGUCUCGACGUACGUAAAGUGCCAAGUGUGUGUGCCAUACAGGAUUAUACAAAAAAUCAACUGAACCAAAGAAAGACGCGCACACACUAAUAAAUCACGAUGGACAGGACAAGGCGGAGUAUACGAAAGACAGCCCUGUCUCUCCUGCUGCCACUAUUGAUAGCCAGCGUCAGAUGCGAGGCACCCUUGGUCGACAGCAGCGCCCUUCCUCUGGAGCACAGAUCGGUUUACGGCGCUCCAGCAUCCCAAUAUGGACCACCCCAGUCGCACGGUGCCGAGGAGAACUGGCCACUGGCAUCGCCGGAUACACCUCAGAUAAAGCAUUUGCAAGUUCAGUGCGAGAAGACCCACAUGAGGGUGAACAUUGAGUUCGACCGACCCUUCUACGGGAUGAUAUUCAGCAAGGGAUUUUAUUCGGAUCCUCACUGCGUCCAUUUGAAACCGGGCACGGGACACCUUAGCGCCACCUUCGAGAUCUUCCUGAACUCUUGCGGCAUGAGCUCCUCGGCCAAUCACAACGUGGCCGCCUACGGCGCCCCGACGCCUUCCGGUAGUUACGUGGAGAACACCAUCAUCGUCCAGUACGACCCGUACGUUCAGGAGGUCUGGGAUCAGGCUAGGAAGCUUCGGUGCACCUGGUACGACUUCUACGAGAAGGCUGUCACCUUCAGACCCUUCCAAGUUGACAUGCUCCAUGCUGUGACUGCCAACUUCCUCGGGGACAAUCUUCAGUGCUGGAUGCAGAUCCAGGUUGGCAAGGGACCCUGGGCUUCUGAAGUGUCUGGCAUUGUCAAGAUCGGACAGACGAUGACUAUGGUGCUGGCUAUCAAGGACGAUGAGAAUAAGUUUGACAUGCUGGUGCGCAAUUGCGUUGCCCACGAUGGCAAGAGAGCACCCAUUCAGUUGGUCGAUCAAUAUGGAUGUGUCGUCAGGCCCAAGAUCAUGUCCAGGUUCCAAAAGAUUAAGAACUUUGGGCCCAGCGCAUCCGUCGUGAGCUUCGCGUACUUCCAGGCCUUCAAGUUCCCAGACAGUAUGAACGUGCACUUCCAAUGUGUCAUUCAAGUAUGCCGUUACAACUGUCCCGAGCCGAAAUGCGGCCAUCCUGGUCUGGAGUACGGUGCACCCGCGGGACUCACUCAGGAAUACGGGGCACCGGUUCAUCAGGGGCUGUCUUCGGAUUACGGGGCGCCUCCGGUACCAGAAUACGGAGUACCUCCGGCGUACCCCGAUCCUCGUCAUCCUAGUGGACCAGCCGGGGCAUACAGCGAACAAAAUCCAGACGUGGUGCCAGCGCCGCAAGCUCAGACGUCGUCAUCCUCGCCAAGUUCGACUCCGGGUGACUCGACGGCUAGCAGCUCCCCCCAGAGUCCUCAGGACAGUAUCCACUUGCCUCCUCCACCGCUUCCCGGUCACCCAGCAGCUGCUUACCAAACAGUCAAGAGGAAGGGUACCGUGGGCUCGGAGGAACUGGAGGGCAACCUGGCCACUCUCGGAGGACGUCCGAGGUCGGUCGAAGGUCUGCCAGCUGAGCUACGUGGUGCCAGAAGGCGAAGAGCCGCAGCCGACGGCGACGACGUUCACGACGACAAUCUCUACCAGACCAUCACCCUGGUGACCUCUCACGUGUACAAGAGGGCCGCCCAGGAGAUGACUGACGUGAAUACCUCUCGCAUUAUCCAGGUCGUGGCACCGGGUGACGUCAAUUUCGCCCUGGGCACGACGAACUCGAGCAACGAUACCACGGUUGUUAUUCAGAAUGCCAGCUCAGCGGAUCCUGAGACUAUUUGCAUGUCAUUGCCAGGGUUCGUGGGUGGCCUGGUGAUGCUCCUCCUGGUCGUAGUGGUGGCCUCCCUGGUGGCUGCCUUCCUCUUCGUCAGAGUACGUGCGGUAGACCGCAAGAACGCAGGUCUGAAUGUUCCGUCCUUCGUGCAUCCAGCAUUCGUGCCGGAGAACUGCAGCGUCCCAAAUCCGGAAUUCGUGAAGGUAGCGAACUGAACCAACGAACGAACGAAGGAGUGACCGAUAAAGAACAAAAGGAAAGAGAACAAACGGAAGUAAGCGACGAGGACGAACGCGCUAUAAUGAUACCCGGGAUAGAACGUCGACACUAUUGCCUACAGUCUCCGCAAAGAAAUAAGUAAAAAAGAAAAAAAAUACAAGAAAAGAAGAUUCUAUGCGACACGCUGUGAAGACGAGGCUAGCCAAGCUAUCCUGGACUCUCUAAGUCUCUCUCUCUCUCUCUCUCUCUCUCUCUCUCUCUCUCUCUCUCUCUCUCUCUCUCUCUCUAUUUUAUCUCUUGAAAGCUCUGGGAAGUCUUCCUGAUCGGCUAUCGUCAAAUCUUCCCGUGGGAGGGCCCGGAAGAGAACGGAAGCGAGUGCCGCGAAUAUGAAUAGCGAAGAGAGAGAGAGAGAGAGAGAGAGAGAGAACAUAAUCAAAGAAACGGAGAGCAACAGUGAAAGCGUGGUAGUGUACAUAAGAGCGCGCAAGACAAAGAAGAAAGAAAGAAAGAAAAAAAAAAGAGAAAAGAAAAAGAGGUACCAGGAGCACGACGCUCGAGAGUGAGCAAGAGAAAGGACUGGUGAUCCUGGAACAAAUAGGAAGCAGCUCCUGGGAGAAGACGAUGUACAUAAAGAA